UUGUCACGCAUUUGUCACGCAAAACCCAAACCGAAGCGAAGCUACUCGGUAUUUUAUUUAGCAAUAAUAUUCAUAAGAAUCUUCAUUUUAGCAAUAUUUAAGAAACUUAAACAAGUCUAAACCAUGGCGGAUGUUCUCGAUAUCGAAAAUUCCGAGGAAUUCGAAGUCGACGAAGACGGUGAACAGGGAAUUGCCAGAUUGAAAGAGAAAGCGAGGAAACGCAAGGGACGUGGAUUUGGCCACGAAGGGGCCUCCGGUGGCGCUGCUGAGCGUGGCAACCGAGGAAGGUAUGACAGCCUCGCACCAGAGGGAGACGGAAACACACCGGGCCCCCAGCGCUCCGUUGAGGGCUGGAUCCUGUUUGUCAGCAAUGUCCAUGAGGAGGCACAGGAAGAGGAUAUUCAGAAUCAGUUCUCAGAGUUUGGGGAGAUAAAGAACAUCCACUUGAACUUGGACCGGCGCACAGGGUUUCUGAAGGGCUAUGCCCUCGUCGAGUAUGAGACAUAUAAGCAGGCAGCAAGCGCCCGCGAAGCCCUGGACGGCGCCGACAUCCUCGGGCAGGCCAUCUCCGUGGACUGGUGCUUCGUCAAGGGCCCCACCAAAGUGCACAAGAAGAGGCGAUAGUGUUCCAACCAAGUGAAAUACACACUAAGGCAAUAUGUGGUAUCUCAAUAAAAACUAGACUUAAUAGGGAAUGCAAACCGGUUUUUAUUUGUAUGAAAUGUCAGUUAAUAACCGGUUUUCCCAUACAACUAAAAACCGGUUUGCAUUCCCAAUAAACAACUGAAUGAUGAAAAAUAUGAAAAUGUUUUUGUAAAGGCAAGAUUGCUGUGUUAAUAGUACAUUAUUACCAAGGCCGGGAUAUAGGGAAUUGCUGGCUGUGGAAUAUAAAAGGCGAGCGAAGCGAGGGGGGUCAACUGAUUUACUUUUAGUAUUUUGUCUGAUUGAAUAUUAAACUCCCUCCUACAACUACCUAACUGUUUAUUCUCCGAAUGAAUUUUUUGGGAAUUAUGUCCAUUACGCCACCCCAUUUAGUUUUGUUUGAUUGUAAAAUACACAGAGCACGUUUAAAAACACAGUGUCAGUAAUUUCUAUCCCUGAGGUAUGUAUAGUGCUUUUCUCAUAAAAUGCACGGAAUUUACUUGCCUAGGCCGGCAAUAUUGUACCAGUUUACAUUGCUAUUCCACCUAUCCAAUUCAAUGUGUUAUUGCGUCUCACAUUUUGCUUAGUGAGACGCAAUGCGCAUAUUGCACAUUGGACCAAGAAAUUGGACAGGUAAUAUCAACCUUAACCUUUUGGACGCCAAUGACCGAUAUAUACAUAUAUAUAUACGUUCAACGCCAAAGACCGAUUAAUCGGUCAUAGACCACAGAGCAACAUAGUCCUACGUGCAUAUGCAUAAAUUUUAAUUUUAGUUUUAACACUUCGGUGACGUGGCGUCUGGAUGACUGCUUUUGUGUUUGACACGGCGUCGAAAAGGUUAAGCGCGCGCUACACGAUAUUUUGUAGCCUAUUAUAACAAACGUAAAGACAGCAUUUCCACGCGUGUUUGAGUAAAAUAAAUUGGAAGAUAAGAGAGGGUAGUUUAUCUUAUAGAUCAUGUUAAUAUGAGAUAUCACUUAUUCUUUAGAGGGCAUUGGCCACUCCUUCCUAACUAGCAAAAUGUUAUAUAAAUGAUCAUAGUGAUGAUUUUGUGACCAUUCAACUGUUGUAAGUACUCAAAUAACUUGAGCUUCUUAGCUUGAUUCGUCUAUGACUAGAAUAUGAUCAAAUUGGAUCAAAAUGUACUUAGUUGUGAAUACUACAUGUUAAAACCUCAGUGUUAAAUAAAAAAUAUGGUUCUCUUCUCUUGAAAUUGUAUCGUAUUUAUGAAGAAAAAGAAAUGCUAUUACAGUUUUCAAAAGUGCAUUGAGGUUAUCGAAUUUGGGAAAAUAAAGUGAUGAUGAAUAAUUGUGCAAUUUUCAACCAAAACGGUAUUUAUUGUCGCUUGUCAGUAAGGCGCUAUUUCCAUAUAGCUUGAAUUAGAAAUCAACCUUAUCGACAAGCGACAAUGUGGUACCUUUUGGUUGAAAACGUCACAAUUAAUUAUACUUAUGUUUAUACUGUUACAGUUGUUACACUAAUGGUAAUUAUUGAUCUCUAGUUCGUGAUUGGCUUUUUGAUUAUCUACCAUCUAAUGUAUUUCAAGAAUCAUGUCAUUGGAUGGCGCGGUUUAAAUAUCGACUUUAUUUCGUUAACCUUUUGGACGCCAAUGACCGAUAUAUACGCACCGUAGGUUCAACGCCAAAGACCGAUUAGUCGGUCAUAGACCACAGAGCAACAUAGACCUACAUGCAUAUGCAUAAAGUUCAAUUUCAGUUUUGACACUUCGGUGACGUGGCGUCUGGAUGACAGCUUUUUGUGUGAGACGGCGUCGAAAAGGUUAAAGUUAAGGUAGAUAGUCAAACGUACCAUACAAACUAGACGCAAAUAUUCCUGUAUAUGACAUUGCUGCUAGUUAGUGCGCUAUGCGAUGCACUUUGCUAUAUAUGUAUUGUAUGUUAUAUUAUUAUCUGUAAGCUUGGUUUGGUGUGUCCAAAGUGCUUUGCGUAACGAUUCCCUUAGACUUUUAACAUAAAUAUAAGAGAUAUUUCUAA